CUAUGGUUUUACCCAACGCAUGCGCAUUGUUGUAGCACUGGUUUGUUGAUCCUGAACCUGACGUGAGUUGAUUUGGUGGUUUCAGGGAAAGAAAAUAUCUGAUCUUCUCCUCUGUGGAGCCGUUGGAGCAUAUGCAGAGAGAGAGUAAAAUACAGUUUCAUGUGAAAGGCUAAUGGAUGACGUGGGGGAUUUGGUUGAACGUUCUCACCGUUCAGAAAGGAAGAGACGAGAUUCCUUUGGUAUGUUUGAUGGAUAUGAUAGCUGCAGUGAGGACACGAGCAGCAGCUCCAGCUCAGAUGAUAGUGAAGAUGAAGUGCCCUCCAUCCCUGCUAGUCUACCAAUCAUCAAAAACAAUGGGCAGGUGUACACAUAUCCAGAUGGAAAGGCUGGUAUGGCUACAUGUGAGAUGUGUGGAAUGGUUGGUGUACGAGAUGCGUUCUACUCAAAAACAAAGAGAUUCUGCAGUGUCUCCUGCUCAAGAAGUUACUCCUCCAAUUCUAAAAAAGCCAGCAUUCUGGCCAGACUUCAGGGUAAACCACCAACAAAAAAGGCAAAAGUGCUGCAGAAACAGCCCCUCAUGGCCAAGCUUGCAGCUUAUGCACAGUAUCAAGCAAGUCAGCAGAACCAGGCAAAAUCGAAAUCAGUGAUUCCUAUUGAGGGGUUUGACUGGGGACAGUACGUCGGUGCAAAUAAUUUGGUUGGCGCCCCAGUGAGCUGUUUCAAGCAUGUACCUAUGGGAAACUGUUGGGGUGACCUUGAGGAGGGUUUGCGCGUUGAGGUGCCAAACACCGACACUACCCUUUCAGCUAAAGUCUACUGGGUGGCUACGAUUGUCAAACUCACAGGUUUCAAGGCCCGUCUCCGGUAUGAAGGUUUUGACAGUGACGGAAACCAAGACUUCUGGUGUAACCUGUGUGUGUCUGAGGUUCACCCUGUGGGAUGGUGUGCCUCCAAUGGAAAACCACUUGUACCUCCAAAAUCCAUUCAGCACAAGUAUUCCAACUGGAAGGCAUUUCUGGUGAAGAGACUUACAGGUGCAAAAACACUCCCCCCAGACUUUGCUUCCAAGGUGGAGGAGAGCAGGAACUAUCCAUUUAAGAAGCUGAUGAGGGUAGAGGUGGUAGAUAAGGCUCAUCUCUGCCGGACCCGGGUGGCCCUGGUUGAACAGGUGAUUGGGGGGCGUCUUCGGCUUGUCUACGAAGAAAGUGAGGAUGGCACAGAUGACUUCUGGUGUCACAUGCUCAGCCCACUUAUCCACUGCAUUGGCUGGUCCCGCAGCAUUGGACACCGCUUCAAAAGAUCUGAUGUGUCAAGGAAGACAGAGGGCCAAACAGAAGCCCCACCGCAGCUGUUUUUGAAGGUGAAGGAUGUUGACCAGAGUGGAGAAUGGUUCAGGGAUGGGAUGAAGCUUGAGGCCAUAGACCCUUUAAACCUCUCUGCUAUAUGUGUUGCCACUGUACGAAAGGUGCUUGCAGAUGGAUAUCUGAUGAUUGCCAUCGAUGGCUCGGAGGCGGCUGAUGGUUCAGACUGGUUCUGUUACCAUGCCACCUCACCUUCAAUCUUCCCUGUAGGCUUUUGUGAAAUCAACAACAUUGAACUCGCUCCUCCUAGAGGCUAUACCAAACGUCCAUUCAAAUGGUUUGACUACCUCAGAGAGACAAGAUCCAUUGCUGCUCCAGUAAAACUCUUCAGUAAGGAAAUUCCCAAUCAUGGUUUUCGUGCAGGAAUGAAACUGGAGGCUGUGGACCUAAUGGAACCUAGACUUGUUUGUGUUGCUACAGUCACCAGGAUAAUCCACAGACUACUUUGCAUCCACUUUGAUGGUUGGGAAGAUGAGUAUGACCAAUGGGUUGACUGUGAAUCUCCUGACCUCUACCCUGUGGGCUGGUGUCAACUCACAGGCUAUCAAUUACAGCCACCAGCAGCACAAACCACCAGAGAAAUCCAACUAAAUGUGACGAAGCAGAAGAAGAAGACACCACAGUAUAAGGGCCAGAAGAAGAAGAGGAAGAUCUCACUUGGGAGGCGGCUUGUCGGGUUUGGUGGACCUUUUAGGAGGAGGACCUUCUCGGGUGAUGAUGAUGAGCACGCCCCGCCCUUCCUCCCGCCACGUCUCCCUGGGUCCCGUCGUCAUCCCGCUGCGGAGUUUGGCCAUUCUUUCAAUCCAGAGACUUUACUGCAGCUGAAGGAGGAAGUGGAUGAAUUCACCAUUUCGCAGGGCAUAUCUGACCAGGAGACUAAUGGCUCCAGCAAAUACUGUACCAAACAGGAGCCCUGAAUCAGGGAGGACAGAGUGCCACAGUGCCCUGUUCAAACUCUCAAUCCAUGUGUCAGCAGCAUUGAGAAAACAAGAGGUGGUCGCCCGCAUCAAAGGAUUCAAAUUGUUUCUUUUCUUUGUCUCCUCUCUCCAGGUAAGACUGCAUGAAAAUACAGUCUUGGUUACUACUGAGGAAGCCGACUUUAUUCCCUUUGUUUUUAGAAAUGUACUGAAUUUACUUUUACUAUUGUACUUGAAGUUUUCAUAAUUAGUUUAUUUGAAUACAACGUUGCAAUAAGUUAACUAGGUGCGGGUGGAUCCAUGAAAGAAUAUAAAAAUCAUACACUGAUAAAUGCAUGAAUAUGUAUUUGUAUAUAAUGAUGCAGAAUCAAGUGGACGGUCUAUAGACAUAAUCAUAGACAUAGUCAAAGUUACUGAGGGAAAACUGUGUUGAUUGGCCUGUCAGUGACACUUCAGAGAUGUUUAUUGUGAUAAUUACUUGUGUUAAUGGCUCCAUGUUUACUUAUGAAAAUACAAGGGUGUCCAACCUGAUAUGACAAUGUGUAAAUUAAUAUAUUUACCCUCACCCACAUCCUGCCAUCUGUUCAGUGUCGAAGAGCCAUAGCUGCUUGCAGACAAGGCAGUGGUAAUUACAUGAUAACUGAUGCAUUUCUUCAUUUUCACCACAUCAACACUACCUACUCAGCCUUGACAGCUGAGAAUCAGAAGCAUUUAAGAUUAUAGUGUUUAUACCUGUUGAGGAGAAAAUACUACCUCUGAACUCAGGCUUUUUAACAUGUAUAUACAAAGCUUUGGUGUUAAAACAAAUCUUGUAGCAGGCCCUCAAAACAGUUGUAUUUUAAUAAGCUGUUGUCAGCUUAUUCUAGAUCUCUAGAAAUGGAUCCAACAGUGUAAACACUGGGAACAAAUGUAUUUAAGCCUGAACACCAAAACACCUUUUUUCCUUUGCCAUUGCACAUCAUUGUGGAUGCUUGUAAGGAAUAUUAUGCAAUGAGGUUUUAUAUCUCGUUAUUGCAAUUACAUCAGUUUACAUAAAUGAGAGAAAGAUACCUAAAGAUUUAUUAUUUGUACUGUGACUAUAUGUCGAGCUGUGUAAUGUUUCCCAAUAUCCAUACUAAUAUUUAUUAUGUUUGUAUAGAUACACAAAAUGUGAAGCAGACAAGUUGAAAGAAAAUGUAACUAAAAGAGAGCCUCUAUUAAAAUAAUGCUCAGUGAUCUGUCUUACAAUAAUAAUGAUCUCUAAUGUGAACCAGUAAGGUUCUGUGUUACUUCUCAGGAAAUGUUUGCAUUUUAUUCUUCUGGCGUAUUGGCUUUGAGUGUCGUUUCCAGAUCUACAGAUGGCCAGUACGAGGUUUCUCACCAUGGUCAGGUUUUUCACAAGGUUCUCUAGCAUUUUUGCUUAAUUAGUGUGAGUUUUUAUUUUUACAUUUCUUUGAAGAAAAAAAAACAAUGAAAGUUCUUUUCUGUACUGUAACUCUUUGAAGUACAUUACCUCAAGACCAUUGUUUUCAGUGGUAUGGACUUCAGGGUUGUAAGGUUUAUAUGGACCUAGUCACUGCUGAGGUCCUCAAUGGGAAACAGGUUUGAGGGGCUUUUGUAAAAGCGAUUUCCAUUGUUACUGGAUUUUAUCUGUGGCUUUGCCAUUUUGGAUAAUGUAACACAGUCUAGCUAUCAAUUGUUCCUUAUGAUGAAGACCAAGACAUUUUGGUACCAACUUGCCACUCAUGUCAUGUGUUUUGUCAUUCUUAUUAUAAUUUCUGAAUAUAUGAACGUUACGUUGCAUCUUGUAUCUCUAGUUAUCUCAUGUGUUAUGGAUCAACUUGAGCAAUAACACACUGUAAUGUCAAACGUUUUUUCUUAGAAGACCAAAUCACUUUUUAUUGUUUAGCUACACUGAAGACAGGACUGUUCAGAGGUUGUUUAGCUGCUAACCUGCACUAAAAAUCAAGUCAAAUCCUAAUGCACAACCUUUUAAAAGUACAUGUGUGUGUAUGUGUGUGUCUCUCUCUGUGUGUGUGUUCAGCCAGAUUGAUGCCUUAUAAUUAAUGCUAUGCUUCUUAAACAAAAGGAGCAACCCAAAAGAAUCCUCAACUGCAGUAAAUGAUGAGUGCGUGCAGCUGGAUAAGAACACCACAUGUGUACCUCUCUUGCUGUGAUCCGAACCCUGUUUCUUCUCGGACACACUGUUGCAUUAGUAAUUAGAUGAUGGUGCUAUAACUAAAAACUUUAAAUGGUAACAUCCUAGCAAAUUGCAAUUAUUGGGCAAUCAUAAUUAUAGUAGUUUUAUUUUAGUUUCUUUAGUUUUUGUUUUUUAUUUCUUUUAUUUCUUUUAUAUAAGAAAACUGAUUGACCAUGCCUGGUACAUGAGGGGAGUGGGGUUUCUACAGCUUUUGUAUGGUCUGGUUUUGCUUUUACCAUUAUUGCAAUCUGUCAGUGCUUCGAGUUUUUGAGAAGUCAGCUUAUUUGUAUAUAGUUCAGUUGGUAUUGUUUUCAACAGGCAUUGCAAAUCAUUUUGCCAUGGCUGUAAAUUACAUUUGUUGAAAAUUGUAAUGUUUUACACUGAAUAAAAGGAUACCUUAACAUAA